AUGGAAGCUGGGCGAGCGGCUGAGCGCGUAGCUUUUGCUUGCGAAGCUUGUCGCAAGCGGAAGCGCAAGUGCGACGGCAUCACUCCCAGUUGUUCUUGGUGCCUACAAAAGAGUAUCGCGUGCCAUUAUGUCCUUCAAAGACCUAAAAAACCAAAGCUCGACUACAAUUACGUGAAUGGCUUGGAGACUCAGAUUGAGCUGUUAAAGGAAGAAGUCUAUCGCCUAAAGGGAUUGUGCCAGUCCGUACCGCAAUCGCAGGGCAUGCCUGAUACAUCGGACAAUUCAUUGCAAGAUGGCAACCCUCGCACAUCAAAAGACGACUCAGCAAUCAAUGACGUGAGCUCUCUCAUGUGGCGACUCAAGAUUGGGGAUAACGGCGAGAGCACCCUCAUCGGUCCUUCGGGGAAUCACUGCUUCUCGAACACGAUUGACGAUUCCACUCAAACCAAUGGUCAUGCCACACAAGAAGUGAUUUUGAAUCAACGCCACGAGAUGGAUCACACCAGAUUGAUAUUACUGUUCUCCAAGUACAUCAACCCAACUUUUCAAUUCCUUGAUCAGGAGACGUUGGCAAGCCUCACAAACCACGCGUCGCAGGAGCCCAAUUUUCUCGCAUGUUCAGUGCUAGCUGCUGGAAGUCUCUACGCCGAAGAAGUGGAAAUCAGAAGCUACGGCAAUCAUCUUGCAUCUAGAAUAGAAGCCAAGAGCUUAGAGACUUGUCGACAGUCCCCUAAUCUGGCCACCAUCCAAUCUCUGGCAAUCAUGUGUUGGCGGGAACUGGCCCUCGGCAAUGAAAACAUGGCAUGGAUGUACAAUUCCAUGGCGUGCAGUCUGUCAAUACAUUUAGGACUCACUGUCAUUUCUCUUCAAGAGCUUCGGCGCGGCGAAAUCCAGGGCAAUCAUACCCCAGAAAUGCCCAAAGACCUACGACAAAGGACAAGGACAAUUUGGAGCGUCCUUCUUCUUGAUAGAGUCGCUACAUCACUGCUAGGACGACACUGCAUCAUUCCAUGGCGUCGGAUAAAGGCGCCAUAUCUCGUCGAGGUUCUGGGAGCCGCAGCCACAACAGAUGAAUUGGCGUUUGAUUUUCAGUGCAAGCUGUGGUAUUUGCAUGACAAACACAUGGAUAGAAUCUACUCGUACGAGUUCAAGGAUCUUGACAAGACUGAACGCUAUCGACUGCUCGUCGAAGCGCGCGAUGAGCUUCUCUCUUUUCGAACGCAACUGAAAGCUCAAUUCGACCAAAAAGAAGAAAGCGAAACACCAACAAUCAUCUUUUGUCAUAUGGCAUACCACAUGUCACAACUGUUGAUACAUCGGCCGUACCUAAAUGGCCCGAUCCACGAUCAUACUCGCCAAAUUGUCGACCGAACCACCACACUCGAAGCAGGAAGUAUGGUGGAUCUAAUCCGGAGAUAUCAAAAGGUUGGCUCUUUUGAUAAAGUGCCGCCAUUUGUGGUUCACAGUAUACAAACGGCUGCCAUAACACUUCUUCUGAAUGCGACAUCAGAAGAGUCUUCCAUGCGAAGCCCCUCCAUCCACAGAUUGCGUACAUGUGUGGACGCUUUGGAGUCAAUGGGUUCAAGGUGGCUCAGCGCAAAACGUGCCAUUACUACCCUGAGGGAGUUGGCUGAGCGAUGGAAGAUUUCCAGGGCGCUACCAAUGCGCUACAGUGGCCCUUUGCACCAAGCUGAUGUGGCGAGAGCCAUUGACAGCGCAGCCAUUUCAAGGGUUGGCGAUCCCGGCCACCAAACUGGUUUUGGCGGUUCAACGGCGCCAGCGACACUGGCGAUUGAUUACUUUGACGUUGCAGACUUGAACAUGGCAGAGUCCGGUCUAUUUGGAUCUCCGUACCUGGCCUUUUCGUCAACAGAAGAUUAA